ACGCGUAGCCGCAUUGACCGUGUUUCUCAUGCUUCCAGGGCAUUUGGCUUCAGCGCAGGCGCACAAACCCCGCCUCUCUCCUGUGCUGUGUGCAUUCGCAUUGUGUCUAAACAGGCAGCGAGCAAAAAGAUAUUUUACCAACAGCAGUAAUGUCGGGCAGGUCGGUUCGAGCGGAGACGCGGAGCAGGGCGAAAGAUGACAUCAAGCGGGUUAUGGCUGCAAUUGAAAAAGUGCGGAAAUGGGAGAAGAAAUGGGUGACUGUUGGAGACACGUCACUGCGAAUCUACAAGUGGGUACCAGUGACAGAGCCCAAGUCAGAUGAUAAGAGCAAGAACAAGAAGAAAGGCAAAGAUGACAAAUAUGGCUCCGAGGUCACUACCCCUGAGAACAGCUCUUCUCCUGGAAUGAUGGAUAUGCAUGAUGAUAACAGUAACCAGAGCUCCAUUGCAGACUCCUCCCCACUGAAGCAAGAGACCAGCAACAACACUAGUCCUGCACCCGAACCCAUGGCGGCUUCUCAGAAUGACAGCAAUGACUUAAAAAGCGACCAAUAUCCUUCCAAACAGCCUUCAUCUGUUCAGGAUCAUAAGAGUGAACAAAGCCACUGCUCAUCAGAAUCUAUAACAGCCAAAAGGGACAGCAAGUCACAGGAGGAUUCAGAGCACUUUUUAGACUCUUCCAAAUUGGCCCAGGAUUUGGAAGAUGGUGCUCCCCCAAGCAAAAAAGGGAAAAUCGAUUCUUCCUCUGAAGAAAGUUAACUAUCUUCUGCCAGCUGUCAGGCAAUUGCGAUCCCCAUCUCUUAUCCUGAAACACAUCACAACAUAGGAGGUUUUCUUCAGUUCUACACUCUUCCCUACUACCAUCUAUUCACUUUAAUCCAGAAAACCUGUCUCUUGUGGUCAUUUUUAGUGUGGAGGGCAUGUCGGGAUCAUCAUUGUAUGAGUAAGGGUAAUGAAUCAAGCUGUGAGAUAUUGUACUGAUCCUAAAACAGUUCAUGCUACCCUACAAUCACUACGUGCUAUUUCUUUUACUAAGAUCAGUAUCGUCAAAUGAAACGGCACUGGAACUGCCAUAGUUUUUCCAAAUUGGCAUUGAUACCAACUGCCAUUUGCGAUUUUAAAAAAAUUGUAUCACUCACCUUUUCUUGUUCACUCAGGAAGGUCAACACACUGUUUUUUAAAUCACGCUGAAAUAACUGAUUUCUGCUGCUGUAGUUUAGUGAGAUUUCACCAUAAGUAGCUAAAUAUAAAAAAAUGCAAAUGGUACUAGUCACAAGUUAUCCAACUUCUCCUGUGAAGACCAUAGCUUGUAGCAUAGGCCCUGCUUGGUUGAGUACAUUUGUGUUACUGAGAAAAGGAAUGCUUUUUUUUUUUUUUUGUCUUGUCUGUCUACACAAUUCUCCAAGUGCCCACACUUGAGUGUCUCGCUUUAAUUUUUUUUUUUUCCCAAAGUCAAGUAACCCACAACUGUUGAUUUCACUAAUGUUCAAGUUAAACUGUGGUGUUCAAACCAAGCUUUGAAAUGCUGGUUGCCAUUUCAACAGCACUACAACCUUCCAACAUACACAAGGGAUACAAUAAUAGCAUAAUUUUGAUACAUGAAAUUCACAAAUUACUGUUUCUUUCAGCAGCAACUGUACUGACCGCAUGUGUCGUCGUCCAAGGAAAAACGUGACAUUGAUUAGAUUGUAACACAGGCAGGUUAUGGGUAGACAGCUGUGCGAAUACCUCAUACUCAGUCCAGCAGUGCUGGAAUGUAAACACUAAGUAUGACUUUCUCGAAAUUACUCUGUUACGUAUGCUUGAAAAAUAAAAUGUAUAUAUUUAUACGAUUACGUUUUUGCUACCCUUAUGUUUUUGCCACAGUAUUUCGCCAAACUAUUGCCUUCUGUAGUUCAAUCUUUGAAACCUUUCGCAAAAUGUAUUCGUUGGGACCAUAUUGUUUUUUUUGUUUGUUUUUUUCCCAGUAUAUAAUAGAAAUGUCUUGUACAGAAGUAUGGUUGUGUCUAACCUAUUUAUUCCACAUGUAGUUUAUUGGUUUUCUAAAAAACAACAAAAAAAAAAAACAAAUAAAAGAAAAUAUUUCCUUUGAA